UUGCUUUCAUUUUAUUUUUUACACGGCCACCACAAUCGAACAGACGUAAAUUUCAAAAAAAAAAAAAAAACUCGAAAAUGGUUUCGGUUCAGCCUAGCGAUAUGAAGGUUUCGGACCUGCGCAAAGAGCUGUCGACGCGAAGCCUAUCAACAAAGGGUGUCAAAAAGGAGCUUAUCGAGAGACUCGAAGAGGCACUCAAGCAGUCUGGCGAGACCGUCGGAGAAACUAGCGACGAUUUUGAUCUGCUGCCAGCCAACGAGCUGGCCGAAGUAGACAAUGCAGCUGCCGCUGAGGAGCUGCCAACAGAAGAGGCUGUGGAGGCGAUGGAAACCGAAAAGAACACGCCAGCUGAGGUUGCAGAGACCGAGACGAAGCCUGAAGGCGAUCUGAAGCGGAAGCUAGAAGAUGACGACGACCAGGACAUGGAGGAAGCCAAGGAGGAGGCUGCCAUCGAUGAUGCACAGAUGUCGGCAGACAACAGCAGCAAUACUGAUGGGCGUCCAGCUCUAUACAUUAAAAACCUGGAGCGGCCAUUGACAACGUUCCGGAUGCACGAUCUGCUGGACAAGUUUGGCACGGUCAAGGAUCUCCGGCUGAACGCAAUCAAGACACGCUGCUACGUGCUGUUCACAAGCGGCGCAGAAGCACAGGCGGCGUUCAACUCUGUCGAUGGCACCGAGUUCCCGUCGGGCCGCGGCAAGCAGCUCGAGUGCGGGUUCCUUACCGAGAGCCGGUUCACGCAGCUGGUGGGGCAGGAGGAGCGGUCUCAGGACAACGUGGGCAGCCUUGAUCUGAUCAACGUCCCCGAGGAGAACGGCAACUGUGGCGUGUGGCUCGACAAGCCCGGCAGCACCGGACGGAAAAGCAAGAAGCAGAAGCGCGAGGAGCGGGCCGAGAAGCGGGCCGAGAAGCAGAGCGCUGAGGAGGCCAAGAGCAACAAGGACGCGCAGGCAGGCGAGUCGCGCAAGCAGUCAAAGUGGGAAAAUGACCCUAGAGUGCAGUGGACCAAGGCGAAGCCCUCGGUCAUGUACCGGCUGCCCACCGACGACGAAAUUGCCGCGCGCAAGGCCCAGCAGUCCGCGGCCACACAGGCGUAGCGGCCUUUCUGCUCGCGUUCUGACAUCACCUUUUUUCUUGAACAGCCAAAUAAAUCAGAUUUUCGCUCC